AUGCAGCUCUAUCGCUCUAUAAGCGGUUCCGUCUCCAAGACAUGGAAUUCGAUCAACCCGGCCACGCUGAGCGGGGCUAUUGAUGUCAUUGUCAUAGAGCAAGAAGAUGGCACCCUCGCCUGCUCGCCCUUUCAUGUCCGCUUUGGCAAGUUUUCGCUCUUGCGUCCGUUCGAGAAGAAGGUUGAAUUCAAGGUGAAUGGUGUCAAACAAGAGUAUGCCAUGAAGCUGGGAGAGGGCGGUGAAGCAUUCUUUGUCUUUGAGACGACCGACGAAAUCCCCGCAUCGUUGCAGACCUCACCGUUGGUGUCUCCCGCAGCCAGUCCACGGCCCCAGAGCGAGCUCGAUCUUCCGCCUUCGCUGCAGGAACCAGAUUACCUUGACCUGGAUAAACAUGGGGAUGCAUUGUCGGAAGGCGCGAAGACCCCACCGGGGAUGGUUCCUUCUCACCAGCUACGGGCAAGCACAGAUAUAGGGACCAUAACGCCCUUAUCGCAAUCCCUCGAUGAAUCAAACAGGACUCGUCCACGGCAUGGUUCAUUGGGUGCUCAGCCGCCACUUGAUCACACAAUGUCGGACAAUGUGCUCCCAACCAGCUCUGCCCGGAACUCUUUGACCGGUCCACCUGUGAGUGGAAACAAUGAAGUGCGCGAUUCUGAAGGUGAACGCUCUCGCAGUCCUGCUCUGUCUCCGGAGGAAGCGGUGUCUCGCGCCAUUUCGCUAUCAAAGAAAUUGUCUGGGUCCAAUAUACCAUCGCAUGUCACCGAAACUGGAGACUUGAUGUUGGAUAUGACUGGCUAUAAAAGCAAUGAAGAAGAUGCCCUCCGUGCAGAAGUUGUUGCGCGCAAGAUUCUCGCAGAGGAGCUUGAGGGGUAUUACGAUAUUGGUGCGCUGAUUGGAGUUGAUGAACACGGUAAUAUUUGGAUUUACAGCAGUGAAGAGUCGAAAGAAUUGGCAGAUCGAAGAGCCACUCUCAAUUCGAUGCGGCCGAGUAUAGGUAUGAGCGAUGAUGCUCUUUCCGAUCCCGGAUACCACAGCGAGGGCGAGCACGGUGUCAUGGAGCCUUCUUUGGCUGCUCGCCAUCACCGAACCAAGUCAGAUGUCCAGCCCGGCUUUCCUACACCUCCUCAAUCGCCUCUAGGUGAUUCUUUUGCUGGCGAGACCCGCAACUAUGCCAAGACACUUCGGUUGACAAGCGAUCAGCUCAAGGCCCUGCAAUUGAAGCCCGGUGCCAACACAAUGUCUUUUAGCGUCAACCGCGCGGUUUGCAGUGCGAACAUGUUCCUGUGGAAUGGGAACACCCCAAUUGUGAUUUCCGACAUUGAUGGAACCAUCACCAAGUCGGAUGCGUUGGGACACGUGCUUAACAUGAUCGGACGCGACUGGACGCACGCUGGAGUGGCCAAGUUGUACACUGACAUCGUCAAUAACGGAUACAAUAUUAUGUAUCUCACGAGUCGAUCUGUCGGUCAAACAGAUACGACACGAGCCUACCUUCACGGCAUCUGCCAAGAUGGAUACAAACUCCCGAGAGGUCCAGUGAUUUGUAGCCCUGACCGCACGAUGGCGGCCUUACGACGAGAGAUCUAUCUGAGAAAACCUGAAGUGUUCAAGAUGGCAUGUCUUCGGGAUAUUCUCAACCUCUUUUGCGGCAAAGAGAACCCCUUCUAUGCUGGCUUUGGAAACCGACUGACCGAUGCAUUGAGCUAUCGCUCUGUGAAUAUUCCGUCUACUCGGAUUUUCACAAUCAACUCCAACGCCGAAGUGUCACUGGAUCUGCUCAGUCUAAACAAGUAUAAGAGCAGUUAUGUGACUAUGCAAGAGCUGCUGGACCACUUCUUCCCACCGACCAGCCUUCUUGUGCAAUCGGGUGGCGAGGAAUACACAGACUUCACCUACUGGAGAGACACACCGCAAGUGCUCGACGACUUCUCGACGACGGAUAGCGAGGAUGAAGAUGAGGAAGACAUCGCUGAAGAGGAUGAAGAGGGUGAUGAUGAAGACUACGAUGAAGAAUUGAGCGAGGGUGAACGCAGCGAAUACCUUGACGAGGCCGAGAUGGCGGAAGAAGAUCUCGGCGCAAGCUACCUAUCACAGGACUCGGCUGCCCUGUCGAACCCCGCGGGCUCCAUCAUUGAAUCAGUCGAAGGGGAUCUCUAUAUUGAAGAGGAAGCUGGCGGCGAAGAGGAGCUGUCUCCUAUCGAGGAGAAACCGCAAGAAACAACUGAGCCGAGAAUCUCCCUUCCCAUCCGGUCCAAGAUACCCCAUGAACGCUGA